CACCUGCCUAGCAGUGCUCGACACAACGCAAAACCAGUAUGCGCGUGUACUUCGUUAUGCUGGCUGUUUUGGCAAGCGCCUUGGUUAUUGGAUCUGAGGCUAAGGAGGUCACAAGCAUCCAGAUGAAGAAAAACGAGAAGCACUAUCUACGAAGUUACGGCAUGGACGAUGUGGAUAUGGAAGACAACACUAGCGACGAAGAACGUGCGGGACCUCUUGACCCGAAAGUAAUCCCAAACCUCUUAGCAGCAAGCUCGGACGACAUCGUGACUACUCUGAAGAACUUCGACAACCUCGACGACUUGUUUGCUCAGUUGGCGAAAAACGAAGACAACGCGAAUGCCAUCGUUGCCAAGCUAUCUGAGAAUGGCAAGAAAACCCAGAACAUCGGUUUGAUCAUUAAAAUCGACAACGCAAGAACAGCUAUACAUUACAACCAAAAGCUGACUGAUUGGGUUGAUACAAAGACCCUGGACGAACUGUCAUUAGCAAUGAAAACUUCCGGUAUGACACCAGCGACGCGUCUAUUCACGGAGUGGCAUAAGAGCGGAAAAACUCCCAAAGAGUUCAGUGCAGCGAUCGCGGCUAUUAAAAAUGAAGACAAGCGCAAGAGGUUCGGCGCGUUCGACUUCCUCUUCAAAAGCUUCGUCCAAAAGGAAAAGAAAAAGGCUGCAGUAGAAAGGUGGCAGAAGCUGAUGCAGUUGUAUAGAGCUGCUCGCACUGCGAGUUAAUGAUAAAGUAAAAUCUGAAUGGCUUACACUCC